CCUUCCGCACACGGUCACUCUGAUUCCGUCACAAAACAAUGCAAGAUUGCGGAGGAGUGAAAUAAUUGUAAAAUAAUCGCCCGUGCGAAUAGCUUUGGAGGCCAAAUAAUAGGGAGUUAGCCCCAAAGUAGGCCCGAUUACGUUCGAAAACGAAAAAAUCCCUCCGCGAAUGCUAAACUCGAACAGUGACGGAGCAAGGAAAUUCUAUUGAUUUGGUGCUGCAAUUUUGUGCAUUAAAUAUUAAGCUUAAAAUCGAGGGCUGGUCGCGUGGCAGCCAGUGGCAAAUUGUUGCUCCUGCGGCAGAGGACACCUGGACACAGGAUGCGGGCAAGCCAGGGAGGCGAAACCGCGAGCAUUGCUUAGGACUGAAGGACAGUUAGCUGAGGAAAAGCCCACUGAAUCUUCGCCCGUUAGUUUUUGGGGCGUGUGUGUGCCAAAGCGUAGCAAACAACAAAACAAAAAAGAAAAAACAACCACAACAAUGGCCAACAGCAGUCGAAGUCGGGCCAUUUUGAGCGUUAAUCUCGAUGCGGUCAUGGCCAACGAUCCGCUGAGGGAACUCUUCGAGGCCUGCAAAACGGGCGAGAUCGCCAAGGUGAAGAAGCUAAUAACGCCGCAGACCGUAAACGCAAGGGAUACGGCGGGACGCAAGUCCACGCCAUUGCAUUUCGCAGCGGGUUAUGGACGCCGGGAAGUGGUCGAAUUCCUGCUGAACAGCGGCGCCUCCAUCCAAGCCUGCGAUGAAGGCGGUCUGCAUCCGCUGCACAACUGCUGCUCCUUUGGCCACGCCGAGGUGGUGCGAUUGCUGCUAAAAGCCGGAGCCAGUCCGAACACCACUGACAACUGGAACUACACUCCACUGCACGAGGCAGCCAGCAAGGGAAAGGUGGACGUGUGCUUGGCUCUGCUGCAGCAUGGAGCGAAUCACACUAUCCGGAACUCGGAACAGAAGACACCACUGGAACUGGCGGACGAGGCGACGCGUCCCGUUCUGACCGGCGAAUACCGCAAGGACGAACUGCUCGAAGCCGCUCGCUCGGGAGCCGAGGAUCGCCUGCUGGCCCUCCUCACACCCCUCAAUGUUAACUGUCAUGCGAGCGAUGGACGACGCUCCACUCCACUGCAUCUUGCAGCUGGCUAUAAUCGGAUUGGCAUCGUGGAGAUCCUGCUGGCCAACGGGGCGGAUGUGCAUGCCAAGGACAAGGGUGGCUUGGUGCCGCUGCACAAUGCCUGCUCCUACGGCCACUUCGAUGUGACCAAGCUGCUCAUCCAGGCGGGCGCCAAUGUGAAUGCCAACGAUCUGUGGGCCUUCACGCCGCUCCACGAGGCCGCCUCCAAGAGUCGCGUCGAGGUCUGCAGCCUGCUGCUCAGUCGCGGAGCGGAUCCCACUCUCCUCAACUGCCACAGCAAGUCUGCCAUCGAUGCGGCGCCCACAAGGGAACUGAGGGAGCGAAUCGCCUUUGAGUACAAGGGCCACUGUCUGCUGGACGCCUGUCGAAAGUGCGAUGUGUCCCGUGCCAAGAAGCUGGUGUGCGCCGAGAUCGUUAACUUUGUGCAUCCGUACACAGGGGAUACCCCGCUCCACCUGGCCGUUGUGUGUCCGGAUGGAAAGCGCAAGCAACUGAUGGAGCUGCUGACCAGGAAGGGAUCUCUGCUGAACGAGAAGAACAAGGCGUUCCUAACGCCACUCCACCUGGCCGCCGAGCUGCUCCACUACGAUGCCAUGGAGGUUCUGCUGAAGCAGGGCGCCAAGGUGAAUGCCCUGGAUAGUCUGGGACAGACGCCUCUGCAUCGGUGUGCCCGUGAUGAGCAGGCGGUUCGUCUGCUGCUCUCCUACGCCGCGGAUACGAAUAUCGUUUCCCUGGAGGGACUCACCGCCGCGCAGUUGGCCUCGGACAAUGUGCUGAAGCUGCUCAAAAAUCCGCCGGACAGUGAAACCCAUUUGCUGGAGGCGGCCAAGGCGGGAGAUUUGGAUACUGUGCGUCGCAUAGUACUCAACAAUCCGAUCUCAGUAAACUGCCGGGAUUUGGAUGGACGACAUUCCACACCCUUGCACUUUGCCGCCGGAUUCAAUCGAGUGCCGGUGGUGCAGUUUCUGUUGGAGCACGGCGCCGAGGUGUACGCUGCGGAUAAGGGUGGACUGGUGCCUCUGCACAAUGCCUGCUCCUACGGGCACUAUGAAGUAACCGAACUGCUCGUCAAGCACGGAGCCAAUGUAAAUGUCUCGGAUUUGUGGAAGUUUACACCUCUGCAUGAAGCAGCCGCCAAGGGAAAGUACGAUAUUUGCAAGCUACUCCUCAAGCACGGCGCUGAUCCCAUGAAGAAGAACCGGGACGGAGCCACUCCGGCGGACUUGGUCAAGGAAUCCGAUCACGAUGUGGCUGAGCUGCUGAGAGGUCCGUCAGCUCUUCUGGAUGCAGCCAAGAAGGGGAAUUUGGCUCGGGUUCAGCGAUUGGUUACCGCAGAGUCGAUCAACUGUCGAGAUGCCCAGGGCAGGAAUUCCACACCCCUUCACCUGGCCGCUGGAUACAACAAUUUCGAGUGCGCCGAGUAUCUUUUGGAGAACGGAGCAGACGUGAACGCGCAAGACAAGGGUGGUCUCAUUCCUCUGCACAACGCGAGCAGCUAUGGCCAUUUGGAUAUUGCUGCGCUGCUGAUCAAGCACAAGACGGUGGUCAAUGCAACGGAUAAGUGGGGAUUCACGCCGCUGCACGAGGCUGCACAGAAGGGAAGAACGCAGCUUUGCUCGCUGUUGUUGGCCCACGGAGCCGAUGCCUACAUGAAGAACCAGGAGGGACAAACGCCCAUUGAGCUGGCCACGGCGGAUGAUGUCAAGUGCUUGCUGCAGGACGCAAUGGCCACCUCGUUGAGCCAACAGGCGUUGAGUGCUUCCACGCAAUCGCUGACCAGCAGUUCCCCCGCCCCGGAUGCAGCUGCAGCGGGAGCAGGCACAUCGUCGUCGUCCUCAUCCUCAAUUCUCUCACCCACCACGGAAACGGUGUUGCUGCCCACCGGUGCCUCCAUGAUUCUGAGUGUUCCUGUACCACUUCCCUUGGCCAGUAGUACGCGCAUCAGCCCCGCCCAGGGCGCCGAGGCGAAUGGGGCCGAGGGCGCCUCCUCUGAUGACCUGCUGCCGGACGCGGAGACCAUCACGAAUGUGUCCGGCUUCCUCGGCAGCCAGCAGCUGCAUCACCUAAUCGAGCUAUUCGAACGCGAGCAAAUCACUCUGGACAUUCUAGCCGAGAUGGGCCACGACGAUCUUAAGCAGGUGGGCGUCUCCGCCUACGGCUUCCGCCACAAAAUACUCAAGGGAAUCGCUCAGCUGAGGUCCACCACAGGCAUCGGUAACAACGUGAACCUGUGCACUUUGUUGGUGGACCUGCUGCCGGAUGACAAGGAGUUUGUGGCAGUCGAGGAGGAGAUGCAGGCCACAAUUCGAGAGCAUCGGGAUAAUGGUCAGGCUGGCGGUUACUUCACUCGCUACAACAUCAUUCGGGUGCAAAAAGUGCAGAACCGAAAGCUGUGGGAGCGGUAUGCCCAUCGUCGCCAUGAGAUCGCCGAGGAGAACUUCCUGCAAUCCAAUGAGCGAAUGCUCUUCCACGGCAGUCCCUUCAUUAACGCGAUCGUGCAACGCGGAUUCGAUGAGCGCCACGCCUACAUUGGCGGAAUGUUCGGAGCGGGCAUUUAUUUUGCCGAGCACAGCUCGAAGAGCAACCAGUAUGUCUACGGAAUAGGCGGAGGCAUCGGGUGUCCCUCGCAUAAGGAUAAGUCCUGCUAUGUGUGUCCCAGACAGUUACUGUUAUGCCGGGUUGCUCUAGGUAAAUCCUUCUUGCAGUACAGCGCCAUGAAGAUGGCUCACGCUCCGCCAGGACACCACUCGGUGGUGGGAAGACCAUCGGCGGGAGGACUCCACUUCGCAGAAUACGUUGUCUAUCGCGGUGAACAGUCUUAUCCGGAGUACUUGAUAACCUACCAAAUCGUGAAGCCCGAUGACAGCAGUAGCGGGACGGAGGAUACGAGAUGAUGGAUGCCCUCUGUCGGUUCCACGCCCACAACCACAUCGCCAGCGCUGAACCAGCCGCAACCACAACAACAACAGCAGAAGCCACCACUGCCGUUGCCACCGCCACAACAGCAGACCUCAGCUCCAGUUGCCAAGAGGCGGAACAAGCAUGCCAAACCGUCGCUGCAGUUGCAGUACCAGCACUACCAGCCCCAGCACCACUCGGUGGUUGCCUCCGCGGCCUCUGUCACCACCACCCAACCAGCGCCCGCCGGCGUCUUCACGCACAGCAACAAUAACAACAACACGAGCAGCGGAAAUUUAAACAACAACAACAAUGACAUGUCGCCAGUGUCGAACAGCAACAGCUACUCCUCGGUGGACACCAACCAGACGCUGCUCAAUUCGCUGGCCAACCAGCAGCGCAACAAUCGACAGCAGCAGCAACAGCAUCAAGCGAAUCGCAGCCAAAAAUACAGUCAAUUUAUGAUCAUCACACCCGCCGUUUCCAUAGAUCGCGACUUCGAAUACGAGUCGCAUUUGGACUUUGAGGAUUUCGCCAACGCGGCCCACAACAAUGGUAAUCUCUUUCGGCUGGGGUUGCGGCGGAGCGACAGCAGUAGCGAUGACAGUGGCCACAGCAGCGACAGCAGCAGUUUCCGCUCGAACUACAAUCCGUACUUGCACCACAGUCGUCAGCACCUGCUUUCGAAGGGCGGAGGAAGCGGCAGUGGACGUCACUUUUAUGCCUUCACCUCGUCGUGGCGGUGGUGCAGCCUGCUGUGCGCCGCCAUGCGAUGUUUUGGGGCCGGAGGAGCCGGGCACGGGAACGCUCCGUACAGCAGCUCGCUGCAGCAUCACCGACUAAGACGCUGUUCGUCGUACAACGCGGAGAACGCCUACGAGCACUUUGCGGCCCCCUUCAAGGCGCGAAAGACGCGCGAUUACAUGAACAACAUCACCUACGAAUUGUGACGGUGGUACGACAUGCUGGUGGUUAUUGAUCUCUUUGUCUCCGUUGGCCUCCCGUCUAUUUUAUUACAAUUACUAGCUAUAGAUGUCGUGUCCUGUGUGUCUCUCUUUCUCUCUCUCUCGUUGUUUAUUAUAUUACUCUAUAAUAUAUCACGUAAGGGCGAGCUAUCGAGAUUGGUACGGAUCGGAUUGGAUUGGGUUAAUCAAAAGUGACAGCACAGUUUUGAGUGAUUUUAAUUCGAAAUACGGAAAAUGCGAUUAUACGAGGUUAAAAGUUAUUUGACGAUAAAUGCAUUACAUUACAUAACAUUACGCUCGCGCGUUUAUUUAAGUGUUUAAGCUUAGUUAAUUUAAACAAUAAUUAAAACUCCAAUUAAAUUUAAAUAUACAAAUACAUAUACAUCAAA